GAAAAAAGUUUUUUUAUUUUCGGAAAAAAAAAAUGAAAACCCUAUUGAAGCUCUUUCAUCAAGGCUGAAGCGAGAGCCGGCGGACGGGAUUUGUAUCGCGGUUGCUCUUCCUUCUUCCGCCCAACCUUUGCUCUCUCAUGGUUAAAGGAGACGAAGCCUUGGCGAUGGAGAUUGACAAUACUGCCAACGCUGAGCGAAUCAAUCCUAAGUUCUCCAUUAAUGUGCUUCAGCUCCUCAAGUCGGCUCAGAUGCAGCAUGGGCUGCGUCAUAGGGACUAUGCUCGAUAUCGGAGGUACUGUACUGCACGAUUGAGGAGGCUUUACAAGUCAUUGAAGUUCACUCAUGGGCGUGGGAAAUUUACACGGAGGGCGAUAACAGAAUCGACUGUCACUGAAGUCAGGUUUCUCCAUGUGGUUCUUUAUAUGGCAGAAAGAGCUUGGAGCCAUGCUAUGGAGAAGAGACAAUUGCCUGAUGGGCCAAAUGGACGACAACGUAUUUAUUUACUUGGUAGGUUGAGGAAAGCAGUAAAGUGGGCUACUCUUUUUGCACAACUGUGUGCUGUAAGGGGUGAUUCUAGAACAUCUCUUGAAGCUGAGGCAUAUGCAUCUUAUAUGAAGGGUACUUUAUUGUUUGAGCAAGAUAAGAAUUGGGAAACUGCUCUAGUGAACUUCAAGAAUGCUAGGGCUGUCUAUGAAGAACUUGGGAAAUAUGGCAGUAUAGAGAAUCAAAUCUUGUGCCGUGAGCGAGUUGAAGAACUUGAGCCAAGCAUAAGGUAUUGCCUGCACAAAGUCGGAAAAUCAAGCAUACAAACUUCUGAAUUUUUAGGUAUUGGAGAAAUGGACGGGCCUGCAUUAGACCUUUUCAGAGCUAAAUUAGAGACUGUUAUGGCUGAGGAAAGAUCACAACAAGCAGCUUCAAUGACAGAGUUCUGUUGGCAUGGCCAUAGAUUUCCUAUCAGUAACUCUAAGACUCGGGUUUUCAUUCUCAAAGCUCAGGAGCUGGAGAAAGACCUUAAUGGUCCAGUAGUAGGCUCACUUUCUGCUGAGAAGCGGCUAGGCAUAUUUGAUAAAAUAUUUUCUGCGUACCAUGAUGCGAGAAGUUGUAUCCGCAAUGAUUUGGCUGCUGCAGGAAAUGCGGAAAAUGUAAAAGAUGACUUGAAUGGCCUUGAUAAAGCGGUUAGUGCUGUCUUAGGACAGCGCACGAUAGAACGCAACCAAUUGUUGGUUUCCAUUGCUAAAAGUAAAUUCACCAAGAAUCGAGAUGACAAGGGUGAAAAGAUCACAAAACCGGAAGAGCUUGUUCGCUUGUAUGAUCUUUUAAUACAGAAUUCAACUGAUUUAUCUGAUUUAGUCAGUUCUGGGAGGGAUAGAAAACCAGAAGAGGUUGCUUUUGUUGAAGAGCUAUCCCUUAAGAUUUUGGUGUUUCGAGCUGAAAGGUGUUUCUAUUUGGCUAAAUCAUACAGUUCAGCUGGUAAAAGAGCUGAAGCUUAUGUACUUUUUUGCCAUGCUCGCUCCCUUGCUGAUACUGCAAUUCAAAAAUUACAAUUGGCUAAUAAUGCUGAUGAGGCAUUGGUUAAAGAUUUGAAAGCUUUAUCCUACAACUGCCGAUCAAAUAGCUGUAUAGAGCAUGCAACAGGGAUUAUGGAGGAGGAGAAGAUUCCAGAACGACUUUCAAAGGGUGUCUCCACCAUAUCAUUGACUGGACAACAAAAGAAGGAAGAGAAGUUCCUUGUGGAUUUGCUUGAUGUAUACGAAUCUGCAAUUAGCGAGGCCAACUCAAAAGCACCGCCUCACAUUGAACGCUUCCCUCCGCCUUUCCAGUCAGUACCCUGCAAUCCAAUCAUUUUGGACAAUGUCUUCAGUUCAAUUGAGUUCCCAUCUCUCGAAAACAGAAUGAAGAAAGACAAGAAAGGAUUAUUUGGCAGGCUAUGGAGAUAAGUACUUUUUUGAACAUUUGAGGGCUAAAGAGUUAGAUCUUAAACAGAACUCUUGUGCAGUCAAGUGCAUGCUACCAAUUGAGGAUAAAAAAAAUAUUUGAAGAGACUUGUUUUCAAUGCCCUAACUUGUUUUUCCAUUUUUUUUUUCCCUUCAGCAGAGAAACAUUUUUAGAUUGUCUGUGAAAUUAACAGUUAGGCCUGAACUUGGGGUGAUCAUGUGGUGUUAUAUUAUUAAAGAGGAGACAGAUAUUUGUUGACAGAUAUCUGGACUUGAAGAAGAUUGUGUUCA